GUGGCUUAUUGUGUUCGGAGUCCUUGAAACAAGACAAAAUAAAGGGUUACCCAAAUACAGCUGCAGUUUUCUUUUCCUGAUCUGAAACAGAGGAAGCGUGUCGAAAACGGGUCACGGCGCUGUAUUCGCUGACUUGUCUAACAUACAUAUGAAGUUUUCUUCAGGAUUCAAAUCAUAGUUACCUUUCAUAACGAUCAUGACGGCAGACAAGGAAGAUCUUGUUCUAGUAACAGGAGCUUCAGGCUUCAUAGCUUUGCACGUGAUUCAGCUUCUUCAGCGAGAGGGCUACCGAGUUAGAGGCACUGUUCGCAGUCUUAAAAAUGAAAAGAAAGUUCAGCCCCUAAAAGAGCUCUGUCCCGAUGCUCGGUACCCAUUAGAACUCGUAGAAGCCGAUUUAACAAAUGAUUCCGGAUGGGAUGCUGCUGCAAAAGAUUGCAAAUAUGCAAUCCACAUAGCUUCACCUUUUCCAAAUGCUCCACCAAAAUGUGAAGAUGAAUUGCUGAUUCCGGCUGUUGAGGGCACUAAAAGGGUUUUACGAGCUUGUGCAAAUUCAGGAACCAUCAAGAGAGUAGUACUGACGAGUAGCAUUAGUGCUGUACACGGAGAAUCAACAAAUGAAGCUGGACGAGUCUAUAAUGAAGAUGAUUGGACAGAUAUUACAUCGCCAGCUGUAGAUGCUUACAGCAAAAGCAAAACCAUGGCAGAAAGAGCAGCUUGGGAGUUCAUUCGAUCUUUGCCUUCUGAGAAAAAGAUGGAAUUGGCAACUAUAAACCCUAGCUUGGUUAUGGGUCCUUCUAUAAGUGGAGUCGUCUGUACCAGCUUAGAACUCAUCAAACGCCUUAUGGAUGGUAGUAUGCCAUUGAUCCCUCGCUUGUACCUAGCUAUUUGUGAUGUUCGAGAUGUGGCUGAGGCUCAUCUGAAAGCCAUGAUAGUACCAGAAGCAGCAAAUCAACGUCACUUGGUAAAUUCAGCACAUCUAUGGCUGACAGAUAUAGCACACAUUCUCCGUAAUGAAUUUGCUUCAAUGGGAUAUUUCAUUCCCACUUGGCCAGUACCUUACAUUGGUUUGUGGUUUUACAGUUUUUUUGACAACUCAACUAGACUCAUUUUGCAAAGAAUUAAUCAAACUUACACCUUUUCUAAUAAAAGAAUGAAAGAAGUUUUGAAGGUUGAGGGACAUAAAGCUAAAGAUACUUUACAGGACACUGUCCAUGGCAUGAUAGAUUGUGGUGUUGUUAAAAGGACCUGGCAGUACAGAAGACCUGGUGUACCGCAGUGAAAUAGAUCUUAAAACGUCAACAUUUCUCAUAAGAUAUUAAGCAAAAUGUGCGUAAUAUUCAAUGUAAAGUGCGAUAUAGUGAGAGAAAGCAUGUUAAGUGGAAUGCAUCAUAUGUUUGUUAAAUCCUUUUUAAAAAUUUUCAAUAUUUCAUUAUGUUUGGAUGUUUGCAAAAAAUUUCAAUUAUCAGUUUAUUGUGAUUGAAGGUUUAGUGAAAAAUAAACUGAAUACCAAAGAAAAGCAACUUUUUUUUUAUAGGAGUAAAAGAAAAAUAAAUAAAACAAGUGCAACUAAGUGAUUAUUUUAGAAGUGUUUCUUUUUAGUAACAGUUAAAAUUAUUACAGGUAAAUGAACAAAGGUAACUAUUAUUUGAAUAACCAAUCUUCUAUUUAUGUGUGUUUAUGAAAUGUUUUAAGCUAAUUUACAGAUUUGAAUUUGUAUAAUGCGUAGAUAUAUAUCUUUCUAUUUUAUUCUUGUUUUAUUUAACAAUGAAAUCUAAAUGUUUCCUGUUCUAUCAUGUGUUUACUUGCUUAUUUUUUCAUUAUUUUAGUUGCCAGUAAACUGUAUUUUCUUAGCUUUAUUAUGCGUGUCUAUAAUGCUAUAACUACGGACAAAUAUGUUUUAUAUUUUAUGAUAAUUUUUUCUUAUUAAUGCCAAAUAAAUUAUAUGAUCAGUUGAA